AGGCGCUCCACCCUGGCAUGGCUCGCUCAAAACCACAGGCUGCCGCCGCCGCCGCCGCUGUCACGCCCAUUUGGCAGCCCAGGCAGGAAAAGCAGGGGGAGGAGAGGCGAGGGAAAGUGGGGCGAGCUUUAAAUACCAGCCCGAAAGCCCAGCAGCGGCAGGCUGAACGGGCAGCGCACGCCUAGAGAGCAGCGGCAGAGAGCAAGGUGAGCGAAGGGCCCCAGGCAGAAAGACCCCUCAGCCCCCAGACCUGGGGAGGAAGGAAGCCGAAGCCCGUCUGCGGAUUCCCAGAGAAGUGUCGGCCAAGGCGCCCUCUUCUGCCGGCCCCGGUUCCUCCCAGCAGUUUCCUACGCUGGCGCUUGACUGCCCUUCCUGCUAAGGCUUCCCCCUUUCAACCCACUGCCCCAGCCUGGGUGGGGUGUCCCCAUAGGGAGAGGAAUCCACUGCACAGCUUGGGUGGAGGGAGCUGCCCCUGGGGUCCUUCCCGCCUGUCCCCAUGCCAAGUGAUCCUUCUCUCCUCCCAUCCCUUAUUUUCGAUCCUGCCCAACCCACAAAACUGGGACACAAAGAGCUUUGUUCAGCCAGGGUUAGAGAACUCCCUCGCAGGUGCUACUCUGUGGAUGAUGUUCCCACCCCGUUUUCUGAAGGUCCCUCUCCUGAAACAACUCUCUCUCUCUCUCUCUCUCUCUCUCUCUCUCUCUCUGCCUUCCAGGCCACGACUGAGUCACUUCUCCCCUUGGGUUAAAAAUGGACACCUCUAAAGUGUGUGGGUUCCUGACGGCCAGCUUCCUCCUUCUGGUUCUGCUGGGGGAUCCAACUGCAGCCUGCUCCUGUGCCCCCCGGCACCCCCAAUCCGCAUACUGCUAUGCUGAUGUUGGUGAGUCUCUGGACGCUGCUGAAGUCCACGCACUGCCCUCCUCUCGGCACUGUCUGACUUCCUCUGCCCUUUGGGGCACAGCUUCCCCUUUGACUCCUAAUGCUCUUCCUUGUCCCUGCAUUGGGGGGGGGGGGCUCAUGCUCAGGCAUUGAAUGUGGCCCUCGUCAGCCCUCUGGACUCUUCCCAGGACCACACCCCUCAUUUGUCCUGCUCCACGUAUUCCUCACAUGUUUUUGCCUGGCUAUUCUGUGUUCUUAAACAGUCGUAAUGCCUCUUGCUUGCCUGGCUAGAAGUGUGUGAAUGCAACCUACUGUAAAAAGGCAAGCCCCGCCCACUUUUACCUCUAGUCCCUCCUACCACUAGCUCAUGCAGCCCCCAAGAAGGUUGUCCAUGAGGGAAUGUGGUCGUCUGCCUCUGUCCUAGAUGUUUGACAGUGGAACAGAUUCCCACAAGAGGUGGUGGACUCUCCUUCCUGGGAGGUUUUUAAGCUGAGGUGGGCUGGUCAUCUGCCAUGUAUGAUUUAGUUGAGUUUCCUGCAUUGCAGGGGGUUGGACUAGAUGACCCUCAGAGUCCCUUCCAGCUCUAUAAUUCUAUGAUUCCAUGAUUCUGUGAAUUCUAUCCAUCACUCCCAUAAACUGAAAUUCACCACUAUGCCCCAGGGUUGCAAAUAGCCACUUGCCUUGUAGACCUAAUACAAAGGUAUUUUUAUAAAAGGGAAGACCAUUGUUCUCUAACAUGUCUCAGGCUACAUUAGGCUGUAGACAGGCCACAAACUAUAUAGGUGCAUAAACAGGCUAGUAACUAAGUUGGCAAAUCUACACAUUCCCCCCUUCCUGUACCAACAGCCUGUGUGUUCGUAUCCAGUCAUUUAAAGGGUUUGAUGGCAUACCAAUGCCACUUGAGUAGUCAGACUUCAGGAGUGUGAUUUGAAGUCACUAGCAAUGCUUUCACUCUGGAUUACUUCCCUGUGGUGAGCGCUUAUACCCAGAAGAACCGCCCAUCAUCUCAGCAUGCCUAGGGCAAUUGGAUUGAGGGGGGCUUCCAGACUCUCAUUCUUUUCAGAUGGGAGACUGGCAAAUUCUGGUUGCACAGUUGUAGUUGAACGUUUGUAGUAAGGAAAGUGAGGAGGAAAUGCACUGGAAAGCGCAGAACCACCUCACUUUGGUGCAUUGUCAUCUAACAUCCUCACAGAAGCCUCUGAAUAAUUGCUCAUUAAAUAGCCAGUGUCAUCUAAACUCCCUGCAAACAAAUCAGGACACAGAGUCAACAAACAGGUUAUCUGGAAGCGCCCCAAGAUGGUGAUGAGGAUGUUGAAGAUGAGGGUUCUAGCAGGGCUCUUGGGUCUUCCUCAUCUUCAGCUACCUCACCUGGAUAAGUUUGGCAAUUGAACCUUCCCCCAACAAUUCAUCUCCAUCCCAGAAAAAGCUUCACAUGCGAAAUUUCUGCAAACCAGGCAGUUGUUAGAAGUGCAGGAACCCAAACACCACACAAACCGAAGGUUGGCAGCGCAAAUGGAAACUUGGUCAUAUAUCAUGGUAUGCUGAGGUUUUAUCCCCUCUAAACGCUCCUGGAACUUUUUCAAUACUUGUGCUUGCUAACACCCCCUUAAAAGGGCUUCAGAAGCAUUUUUAAGUCCUGCAAUAGUGCGCACUUGAUAAUAAGUAAAUAUGCCCUGCACUGCCCCCUGCUGGCAGUAUACAAUCGAUACGUAUUCCCUUAUGUACCUCAGCUACGGUCAGUAUAGAAUCCGGCAAUUAAUUUCGCCCCCCAGAACUGUCACUAGGAAACUUUGACCCUGUCACUGAAAUAAAUUAGGCAAAUGGGCAUGUUUAGCUGGUAGGCUAGAGUCUGAUUUAAAAAAUGUGCCUCUUUCUUUUCUUGUCUCUUUUAAAAAAAGAUUUUUAACAUAAAAUGAUUCUGGGCUGUUUUAUUUUAUUACACAUUCUAAAUUUGGGGUGGGAUGCAAUGCCCCACUAUUACAAAUCUUCCAUCUGCACAAGCACUUCAGCCAGAUGGAAUGACGCCCCCUCUUGUCCCUUCCAUCUGCUUUUCUGCAGGUUCUCCCAGCCUCCCCGCCCCCAGCCAGUUCCAAGGAGAAGUGGGGAGCUCUUUUGUGCAAGCAGAAGUCCUUGCACAGGGCUUCCUCUCAAGGGGCUCCUUAGGUGAUUCACCCUUUGAAUUUUUAAGAUUUCUGUUCUUUCCUUGAAUGAAAGAAAGUGGUUGGGAUUGAAAGAGGCUCAGGACUCAUAUAAGACUGAGGUGGGGAGCAGGAGGGCAAUUGCAGACAGAUAUCACCAGUGUGACUGAAUACAACAGAACUUAUUUGGUUUACAUGUUCUAAACCCUGAUCUCAGCUGUUAUCAAUAUAUUAUUAUGCCACUAGUAACAAAAAUUGCAAUCAUAGGUCUUUUAUCAAGUCAGACCAGUGCUUUUUUCAGGGGGUCCUCAAGGGGACGCAGUGCCAGCACCUCUUUUGUUGUUGUUAAAAAGUGUGACACUUACUGUAACAACUUCAUGGUGAGUGCCAGCACCUAUUUUUCUAGAAAAAGGCACUGGGUCAGACUAUUUGUCAACCUUGCCUAGUAUUGUCUACUCUGAUUGGCAGCAAUUUUCCAGGGAGGGUUUUCCCCCAUCACCUGCUCCCUGAUCCUUUUAAACUGGAGGCACCAGAGACUGACUUUGGGACCUCCUGCAUGCAAACAUAGGAAGCUGCCUUAUACCAAGUCAGAGUACUGCACUAUCUAGCUCAGCAUUGCCUAGACACUGACUGGCAGCAGCUCUCUGGGGUUUCAGAGACGGGACAUUCCCAGCCCUACCUGGAGAUGCUGGGGAUUGAACCGGGAACCUUCUGCAUGCAGAGCAGAUGCCCUGCCCCCAGCGACAGUCCCUCCAAGGACCUAAUCAGAGGAGAGCACUAGCUAUGCCCAUCACAAAGCGGUAGUAAUUUGAGUCCUCUUUGGUUGCAGACUCACAACGCAACACAGAGAAAGCAGUUUCCCUGGCUGGACUAGGGGGAGAAGCUCUCAGAGUGGGAUUUCCACUUGCAGUCCAAUCACACACACACACACACACACACACACACACACACACACACCCCUCCCUCCUCCUGCUCAGUUUCCUCCAAAAGCCUGCUUGGAGGGAGAUUAUGGGAGAGCCUACAAAGAGGAUUACAUCUCACUUUGCAUUUCCUAGCAGAUCUAUGACAAAAAUGUGAAUGAUCUACAGCCGAGUGUUAAAAUGCAAGUGGUUUUUCAACAACUCCAGUACAUGAACAUAGCUGCAGGAAAAUCUGCCCAGUGGCUUUUUAGGAACUCUGAAAAGCGUCACCAGGAUCCCCCCCCCCAAAGUACUGAAGACUUCCUUGUUCCAGCAAGCUUUUGUUUUGUUUUUAUAAUUUGGUUUUAAUGGCUGAAUUUGCCCCCUUCUUCAUUGAGCCUUUGUAUUGCUGUUUGUAAUGCAGUUUAUUGUUGUAAGCUGCUCAGAGUGGCACAUUUUGCACUGAAAGAGCAGAAUCUAAAUGUCUACAUAAAAAAAAACACCAGGUGGUCACAGCCCGCUCUCCACUUUUUGUAUUCAGGGGGCUUUUGAUAUCAGAUGGCCAGCACAGCCAGAGGUGAGAUGAUGGGAGGUAGUCCGUAUGGAGGGCAUCACUGACUUAACUCCAAGGGGAGGCAUCCCUGUUAGAAGUUGGACUUCAAAACUCUGACCCUUACAAGAGAAAGAGAGAGUAGUUUUAUGGGGAAAUCGAGUGUGAGGAAGGGUUAGGGUUAGGGUUAGGGUGUCCUCCAUAUGUGGUCAGGCUCCAAAGCCCAUCCACCUCAGCCAGCAGAGCCAAGACUUAGGGGAGAUGGGAGUUGUAGUGCAGCAACAUCGGAGGGCCAAUGGUUCCCUGCUGCAGGCCUUGUGAGAACAGCAGGUCUGGGUGUAACUCUGAGGCUGCAGAGCAGACAAAUCACAGAAGAAACUGUAGCCGAGGUGGCAAGAUUCCCAAGCGUCCUGCACCAUCCCUCCUUUGGGUAUAGCAUAAUGGGAGAGAGGCGUAUGAAAGUCAAGGUCAAAAGCCGGGAAAGCUGGGGAGAAUGGAAGAAAAGCUGUGAUGCAAUACCGUUUUUUCCUCUGCAGUGAUCCGGGGUAAAUUUGUGGGAGUCAGCAAGCAGCAGGUGAACAUCUCCAUAGGAGAACCAGUGUGGUGGAUGCGACACGAGAUCAAAACCACCAAGGUGAGCUUCUCCCGCUACUAUAAUGUAACCCUUAUGCUGGUGGGCAGGACAAGCUGGUGGAGAUCCCAUUCCACAGCCAGUGAGCCUGCUUGGAUCUACGCAGCAACAAAAUGCAGCAGCCAAGUGUUCCUCAUCCUCAGUAGCUCCUUCCCUCUUCCCUGAAGAUGCUGCGUUUGCUGAGCCUACAAACUUCCCAUGCAAAGUGAACCCUUUGCCUCUCUUCCUUGCAAGUUUUUGCAGAGAGAUGCAGCUAUCCAGGCUCUGCCCUGCCACCCAGUACGCAUUCUCAGAACAGCUGGUCCCCCCCUUUCCUUUCCUUUGUUUUCAUCCUCACCUCCCACUCCCUGCAACACCCUCUAGACGGGAAGGGGGGGCUGCAAGGUGCCCUUGAGCUCUGAGGAUGCUUGUCUGGCAGGAAACCAGCCUGCAGCACAAAGGCAAAAUGUACAUUGCUAAGGAUGCUUUUGCCUCUGGCCCCACCACUAGUGGCGUGCAGCCCUCAGGUUCCCUGCCUCUGAAGGCUGUCUGCACCCCCCGAGGCCUCCGCAGCACACUGACAGGUACUCCCUUGAGCUCACAUGAGGUGGCAAAAGAUUGAGCCUUCUCAGCAGUAGACCCUUCUUCAGCAUUAAGGUGAUGAUGAUGAUGAUGAUGAUCAGUUAAAUUUAUGGGGCUUGAACAAUCAUGAAUGCAAGACAUGUGCUCCCCCUGAGUACAACCUCUUCCCCACUUCUGUAAGAGCCGGGAAGAGUCCUGUCCCUGCACCUGUCCCUCUAUUGGCCCCUUCCUGGUCACUGACCCACCUCCCCCCCCUGCACAGGUGUACAAGGGCCCUGAGGAGAUGCAAGAUGUCCGUUUCCUCCACACUCCUGCCAUGGAAAGCCUCUGCGGCUAUGAACACAAGGGUCCUCUCAAAGGAGAAGAAUAUGUCAUUGCAGGUAUGGUGUGCCGUCUUUUUGCCAGGGAGCACUUGGGGCAAAUUGAAACUCACAAAUAACCCUGAGUGAAAGAAGCAGGCCUAUGCGCCCUCUGCUCACAGUCAUUUGAGGGCAGCAUGGAUUUGUCAAGAGGAGCAUCAUGUCACCAAGGCCUAGAUAUGUGGGGAGUGGCUAUGGUACCCUUUGCACAUGCUCAGAGGCACCCCCUGCCAAACUGCACAAGAAAGGAUAGGCAGCUCUAGGGCCCUUCCAGGAUCAGGGCCAGCCCCGUCACAGGAACAAAAGCCUUUGGCAACAGGUUUGAAGUUCCCACUGAUAAGGAGCAAAUUGUCGCUUGCAUGCUGUUUUACAGGAGCAGGCGCCAAUGAAUUUUCUCUCUCAGGUGUCUAAAUGUCUUGAACCACCACGAGUGAGAGAAUAGGGAAAUACAGGGGUGAAGAGGCUGUGAUGGCCACCAAGUCGGAUGGCUUUAAAGGAGAAUUAUACAAACUCAUGGAGAAUAAAGUCAUUAGUGGCUACUAACCAGGAUGGCUAUGGUCAGACCCCUGGCAGGCCUCUGAAUCACAGUUGCAGGAAAGUGUAGGAGGGGAGAAGGCUCUUCUGCUCAGCUGCGGCUGCUGCUGCCUGGUUUGCAUCUGGUUGGCCUCUGUGAGAACAGGAUGCUAGACUAGAUGGGCCUGAUCCUGCAGGGCUCCACUUACGUUCUUAGAAAGUGCCAACCAGUGUAAGGGUUUGGCGAUAUCCUGGAUGGUUUUGUUCUGCAGUUGCUUUGACACCCAUCUGAAUCUUCUCCUCUUUCUGGACCAGCCACAACCAGCCCAGGGCCUUUGUGACAUCCGGGACUGUGUCCCUCACAAAGCUUCCCUCUUAGAAGAGAGGAAGAACAAGUCAGCCUCACGCAAGACCUCCUUGGGAGCGCUGGGUUCUGGACAUGAGCACACAAAAACGGGUUUGGGGAGGUUUUUCAAUGGAAGGCUAUCAAGUUACAAGAUUUCAGGAGGAAGUUACGGAGAAUCACCAAUAAGAAACAAAGCAGUCUUGAAACCUUUCCAGGUGCAAAUCAUAUUGAAAUCCUGUGUAACCUCCCUGAUACCAUCAUGAGCACAAACCAUCAUGAAUACCCAAGGAAAAGGGCAUCCAGAGUAGCCCUUAUACUGUAGAUUUUGAACAUUUUAAUCCCAGCUUUUGUCAGAGAGCUCAGGCCUGAUCUAGACCAACAGCUUAAUUCGGGGGUGCCCAAACUUUUUCCAAAGAUGGCCAGAUUUGAUGAAGUGAACAGGCGUGAGGGCUGACCAAAGUUGUUGUGCUUUUUUUAGGAUUGAAGUUGUUGAGCUAGGAUUUAACCCCAAACUUGAUGAGCUUUUUAAAGGAUUUUACCCCAAGGACAUAUAUUGCCACGGGGCCCGGAUUAAAUCGACCGGUGGGCCAGAUUAGGCCCCCCAAACAGACUUUGGACAUGCACUCCUAUGUGGUCAGCACCUCUUCAGAAUACAGGAGUUGGAUUGGCCAACUGAAUGCUCUCCCGUGGAGGCAGGUGGAAUAGCUGCUGCACAAAGGAUGCCAGCAUCUCAUGGAUAGUUUUGGGGCAGGCCAGAAUGCCUCCUCCCACCAACAGCCAAUUUUUCUAUGUGCAGUCAGUGAGUUGUUCUUUUAAAUGGAUGAGUAUUCAAGAAUGUGAGCACCCCUACAGUCAAAGAUGACACCGCCCAGGAAUAGUUUUAUCUCACAGUGAGCGCCUUGUCUAGGCUGGCCUCAAAGCUGCUUGUAACAAAAGAAUGUGAACAAUAUGUUUUCUGCUCUAGUGGCCAAAAAACCUCCAAAACAAAUAAACACAGCAUGUCUUUUUGAAAGGGCAGCUUAAUAACAGAGUAGAUUGCCUAGGAAACUAGUGAAAUCUCUUUUCUUCCCAGGGAUACUUUAGCUAUGGUUCAUGAUUCCAAAGAAACACUAGAAAACACAUAAUGUCGUUUGGGGCAUGAAAUUCAACUGACUGAGAAUAUCAGCUUUCAUUUAAUUAAGAAGAAGCAGGGGCAGCAGGUUUCUAGCCCUUGUGUUUUUAAAGAUCUGUUAUGACAGCGGAAAUCUCAAAAAGCAGAGAGGGUGCUGAAUGAGAUGCUCAAAGGGGUUCAGUGCCUCACAUGGCUUUCUAACCUAAGCCAUGACUACCAAAGUCAGAAUAAAUCAGGCAAAACUAAACAAAUGAUGCAAAAAAAUGACUCAUACAAAAUGGUCUCAUAUGAAUUAUGUACUCAGGUCACACAAUUCAAUUUUUGGGGAGCAUGGAAUUUGCAUUUGUCCAGGAAAAGAUUUUUUUAUUACACACAUACACACCGAAGGGCAGAUUAUGCACAAUCCUGCUUAUGCUUGCAAAGAUGCGUGGCGUUAUUGAUAAACCUUCAAACCUCUCAUCAGGUUACAAUUUUAGUUAUGAAAGCAAGGUCUGGGGGUGACAAGGCCUUGUGAGCAAGUCCUCUAUAUUCUCUUCCUCCACAUUUACACUUAACUUUUCUGUCUUACCUGUUUUUUCACCUCCCAACAGGCAUGCUGGAAGGUGACCGUGCCAUGAUCACGGCCUGCUCCUUCAUCGAGCCGUGGUCUCAGCUGUCCUUUGCACAGAAGCGAGGCUUGAGUUCAGACUACAGCAAGGGCUGCAACUGCACAGUAAGUACCUGGCCCCCAGCAGACCCUUUCAGAGGGACCCCAGGGACAGGAGGGCAUAUGCUUGCAGAUGGGGCAGGCCCUCCAGAAGAAAGCAUGCACCCUCUGAAGAGCUCUGUCUAGCUCAAAAGCCAAUGUCAUUGGCAGCAAAGGGUCUAAUGGAAGACGUGCUUCCUUAUCUGUUAUACGUAUGGGCUGCCAUACGUCCGGGAUUACAAAGGCAGAAUUGAUGUCGGGGGGGGGGAUUUCCGAAAGUUGGCGCUUUGUCCUGGGGUGUCCUGGUUUUUAUUUUUUGAAAUAUGGCAACCCUAUUUGGACCCUAAUUUAUUUUUUAACAGGAACCAUAUUUUAAACUGAGCAAGGAUUGAAGGGUCAGCAGCACUGACUCCACCCAUUCACCCUCUCUGACAUGACUCAGGGCUCCUUCAUCCCCUUUUCUCCAGUGUGGAGAGCAAGGGAGUCUUUGGCGAAACUCUCCCCCAUUUGAUCUCCCUGAGUGGAAGAAAAUGACUAUGAAUUGUUGGGAACUAUGGGCUUCCCCAUGGGAAAGCCCUGUGGGGCCAGAGUGAGUCCUCAGGUCGCUGGUGGCUGGUCCUCACGAUUAGGGCAAGGCAGAGCUAACACAUCACCAGCAGUGAUGGCUGGGGUGCAAUGGAACUGGUAGGGCAAAAGGCAGGGAGACCAACAGUAGGUGGCGCCAGAGCCAAUGACAGGCACAGAGACCCCCAAUAGGAUGUUAAAUUUUAUAGUUCAUUAACAAUCAAAGAAGAAUGGAUGGAGGCAGCAUCCAGAUCUUCAUUUUUCCAAAAUGUAAGUAAGAAGCCAAGCAAGUGGGGGCUGGCUGAGGGCAGAAUGAGGUUGGUGGAGCAGUGCCCCAUUUGCCCUCCUGCAGGACCGGCUCACCCAUGAGGCAAGGUGAGGUCACUGCCACAGGCAAGACGAUUCACAGAGGAAGCAGAUCUAGAUAUGGAUCUUAUCCCACCUCACUUGUUCCUGAUGUAGAUCUCCCCCUCCCCCUUCUUCCCUGGUGGGGAGGGGGUGCCAUUUUCUGGCUCACCUCGGGUGCCAAAAUGUCUUGGGCCCGUCUUGUCCUCAUGGACCAGCUUCCACUGGUCAACAGAGGUGGGGGAUGGGAUGUUGCUAUGAUGCGUGAGGGGGGGCCUGUCCACUCAUGUUUCUGUGUGUCACUCUUCCUUCAAAAAAAGGUCGUGCCUUGCAAUUCCAUGCCGUGCUCCAUCACUUCUGACAACCAGUGCCUGUGGACAGAUGGGAUCAUGUCCAGGAUAUGGGAUGGCUUCCAGGCCAAACGCUUGGCUUGCCUGCCCCGGGGCGAAAGCACCGGCCUCUGCACUUGGCAGUCGCUGAGCACUCAAGGGCCGGGCUCCCUUCGCAAAAUUCUCCUGAGGCAGUGAUCUCUUUGUGGACCCUUCCCUUCCUAUCUCUGGAUUGUUUCUUUUAAAAAUAAACAUCAGUUCCAAACCACCUUCUCUCUCUUUUUUUUAAAAUGAUAUUUAUUAAGAAUUUUAAAAUUACAG